GAAUCUCAUUCAACCAAGAAUUCCUGAAAAUCACUUUCUCUCUCUAAAAACUACGUCUUCUAGAGAGAGAAAUAGAAUGUGUCCUUUACGCAUUAUUCUCAUCUUUCUGUCGGCGACUCUUGCCGGAUUCUUCGUUCUCCGGAACUUCAAAUCUCAAUCCAAUUUUUCCGACACCGACGAAGAUUCUACCGCCUCCAAAUCGUCACCGGAUUCCUCCUCUUCCUGCGUCGGGUGGUCAUCCUCUAAGGUUUAUGGUGCUUUUGUGAAUGGAUUUUGGACUUGUGUUGACAUGGCGAGUGGACGUUAUCUAUGGAGAAACCUAGUUUCUGCAAAACAAUCGGAUUAAUCUUCUGGUUCUGUUUUACGCUCAUGUGGAUGUGGGUUUCCUUUUCUUUGUAUAGGGUGGAACUCGAGUGGAUACGAACAUCCGUUUUGAUCAUCCUUUGUUGUAUUUCCAGAGGAAUAUACGAUCAACAUAUCCAGGGUAUAAUAAUCAGAGUCUUGUUUUCUUUCUGUAGCGUUUCAAAGCUGUAAAAUGUUAAGAAACUGCCUUUAGAUGCUUGGAUUUCACAUUUUAAUAUUUGUAAAUUCUACCGUUUUACGUGAAUUCUUGGCGAGUUUUCUGUUAAAUAAUCGAAACUUACGACUAUGUAUAAUUGAUACCUUGCUCUGGAGUUCAAGUUCAUGCUUUGUAUGUGUUGC